AUUUUUAUGAUUUGAGUCUCUCUUCUCUCUCUGCUCCCACUAGCAAAUCAAGAAUUUGUGUGAGUUGGCAAUGGCGAGGAGCCCUACAAAAAAUGGUGAUUAGUGGGAAGAAGAAAUCGAUUAAUGGCAUACAAGGUAGAUCACGAAUAUGAUUAUUUGUUCAAGAUCGUGUUGAUUGGAGAUUCAGGUGUUGGAAAGUCCAACAUUUUGUCAAGAUUUACAAGAAAUGAAUUUUGUUUAGAAUCAAAGUCCACAAUUGGAGUUGAAUUCGCAACAAGAACUCUCCAGGUGGAAGGGAAGACAGUAAAGGCGCAAAUAUGGGACACGGCCGGGCAAGAGCGGUACCGCGCGAUCACGAGCGCCUACUAUCGUGGCGCAGUCGGGGCGCUCGUGGUCUACGACCUGACUAAGCGUCUGUCCUUCGAUAACGUGCAGCGGUGGUUGCGAGAGCUUAGGGACCACGCGGAUUCCAACAUCGUGAUCAUGCUCGCUGGCAACAAGUCAGAUCUCAACCACCUGCGCGCCGUGGCCGAGAACGACGCCCAGCUCUUCGCCGAGAAAGAGGGCCUCUCCUUCCUCGAGACCUCCGCAUUGGAGGCCCACAACGUUGAGAAGGCCUUCCAAACUAUUUUGUUGGACAUUUAUCAAAUUGUUAGCCGAAAGGCGCUGGCGGCCCAAGAGGCCAGCCCGGGCCCCGGCCAGGGCACGACCAUUAAGGUCGGGGAGCCUAACAACUAUAAGCAGCAACAGAAAGCCACUUGUUGCUCUAGUUGAACUUUCAAUGUGACAAGAAAUAUAUUUUUUUUUAAAACUAAGAGAAUUAACUAUGAAAAACAAAUGAUUGGU